AUGCGUGAGAAGGUUGUGCCACUCCCAUUUUUGGGAAAAGAAGUCUCUGCGUGGCUCUACCGUACAACGCGCCGUGUGCGGGAGCAUCCAUACAGGGCCAGUGGCAUUGUUCUCGGCGUUGCCGCGGGCACCAUCCUGUACGAGGCGAACGUGACACACAAGGACCGUAUUCCCUCGCCCAAUGUGAACAACCACCUCGAGUAUGAACUCCUUCGCGGGCCGAGGGUAGCGCCGUCGGUGGGAGACGACGCAUUGGAGGCAUCGCAGCAUCAGGCAGGAGUCCCUGUCGUGAGCAGUCAGGCAUUUGAUGAAAAGCGGCAACACUACAACGCGGCGGUAAUGGGACGCGUGAAGGAGCUGGAGCAACUCAUUGCGAGCACCAAUGAUCCCGAGAAGCGGGAGGGGCUGCAGCAGCUCCUUGAGGAAGAAAGAGAAUCCGAGAAGAAGCAUGGCGGCACUACAAUGAAGGUGACAAGUGGGCAACUGUAUGUUCGUGAGCCACACUGGAACAUUCGAAACAAUGAGCGCAAUUGGACGAUUCUGGCGCGAGACCAGCAGCAGCAAAAAGAUCACUAUUGGUAUCGCCUAGAGCGAAGUCGUGAGGAUGACUUUGCGAGAAACACGUACUCGCGCCCUUGA